UUUAGUCAUGGCCGUGUUUACAGAGCUACCGUGAGCUGUACCACCCAGAAACCAUUUAGCCAACUUGCGUGCUAGCAAGUUAAAGAAACUUGGCUUUAGCUAGAGCUAAGUUCUCCUUUAAUUUUACAUUUAUUCAUCGUAUCACUGCCUGUGCAAAAAUGACGCUUACAGUGAUGAUGGAGAAGAAACAGAGCACGAUCAAACAGACUGCAUCCAAGAUAAAGACAAAAAUUCACAACACAUCAUCUUUCUUCAAGCUGUCUUUGAAAACUAACAACAAGGCGCUUGCCCUCGCUCUGGUGGCUCAGAAGCAGAGAGCCAGGCAACUGGAGAUGGAGACUGUGUGUUUGCAGAAAAAUGUGCAGGCCUUGAGAUUUGAGCUUGCGAUCCAGCGUCAUAAAAACAAACAAAUGUUUACCAUUCUACGUGAGUUUUAUAACAACUCCAUCAAUUGCAUGGCAAAGGCAGUCGACCUUAUUUCCAUAGAAGAGGCAUCUGUGAGCCUGGAUACACAGAUCGCUGAAGAUGCUAGUCAGUCUGAGAAAGACGUGAAUGAAUUGUUACCUGAGCUAAGGAGCACAACCAGACCAUCCAAAUGUAUGGAGCAGGAGCCUGUACUUAUGACAGCUGUUAAUGUAUCUGAACCGAAUGAUGAUCUACUUUGUCACUCUAUAGUCAAAAGCUUGGAUAAGCUUUCUAGUCCAAACAGAAACCAUGCCACCCCUCAGAAUACUCUGUAUGACUCAGAAAUGGAAAUGACUGUAGUUGACAAUGUUGCUGAAAUAGUCACAGUUCAGACAAAGCCGAAGCAGCGCUGUGAUGAUGAUCAGGGAAGAUGUGGGAAAGGCAAUGAGUCUUGUUUACUAAAUAAUAGGGAACGCACUAUGUCAUCUAAUGGAGAAACACCAGUAGAAUCAACUCCUUUUAACAAUAUGUCUGUGAUUCCACCUGUGGAAGCAUCCUCUGGAUCUCAAGACCAAACGCGCAUCAGUGCAGGCAGCCACACUGUCAGCAAUGAAGAGGAGAGUUUGCAGGAGCAAGUAGAGACCCUGUACGAGGCAACAGAAUUAGUCACUGCACGCAGGAAGACUCAUGUCACCUCUCGUAAUACUAAAAGUAACAAACGCACAUAUAAUUCUCAGAAGCACACAGGUGGAAGCCUAGAUACUAGGAAAACAUACGUUGUCUCUUCAUACUCUUCAAACUGUGUUUCUGGCAAUAAUGAUUUAAAUGACUAUUUUAGUGACCUGGCAGUUUCACAUAAUGAGAAAGGAAGAAAGCAAAGUUCUUGUGAUGAUAUUUUCUCUAAUGGCAAACACACUGAAGGUGAAAAUGUGACAUGUGCUGUAAAGGAACCUCAGACAGCCACAACCCACAGCAAAACAUUUACAAUGGCAUGUAAGUCAAGACCUCAAAUGAGCAGGAAGACCAGAGAUCCUUCUCUCGGUAUGGAUCAAAAUGCAUCUCAUGUGAUGGAAAGCGCUCACAUUGUUCACAGUGAUGCUAAUGUCAUGGAAAUCUUAGUUCAAGCAGAAAAACAUCAAACUAGAAUGUCAGCACAGCCAUUUUCCCAGGCCAAAGAACCCAGUACUUUGAAAAACAGAGGAACAUAUGUGAUCCAUGCACGUAAGACGUCUGUCCACAGUGACAUUCUGAAUGAUGCAAUAGACAUUGAAGAAGAUGCCAGCUGUGGAGAAUUGGCAAACACAACGGCAUUGGAGCACAAUAAUUCACAGUAUGCUCCUUCAGUGCUCAGUCCACAAAAAGAGCAAGAGCAUGAGGGUUCUCCUGUGCUGGCAGACAGAUCACUUUCACAACUUGUAAAAGCUAGCAAUGACACACAUUUUGUAGAAAAAUCAUCUGAACUUUCUUCAAUAGAGCAACCUAAACCCAAGAACCCCAGAACCGAGGUGAACACAAAAGUAAGAAAGAAGAACCCUGCAGCAAGAGAAAAAAGGAAUGCUUUAGGAAAGAAAAAAAGACAGAAUUGUAGCUCUACCCAGAAGGUUGACAUUUUGACAACUGAAUUAUCAGGUCCAGUUGCCAGUUACAAUGAACAGGAAAAUGUCACAUCCGGUACUAAAUUACAGCAGUCAGUAACAUCACAGUAUUCUGCAUGUGGGGAGUGCUUCAGGGAUGCACCUAAAAGAAAAACAGGAAAUGCAAAUAGCAUUCACUCAGUUAACUUUGACAGUUGUGGUGGUAUGCGUACUGUGGAUGACCUUGCCAUAGGUCUGAACAGUAUGAGCUCAAGACCUCAAAAGGAUGAAGGCCUCAAGAGCAAGUGCAGAGAAACAUAUGUUGUUUCUUCCAGUUGCAAUUUAUUAAAGGGUAAGGAGAAUAGUAUGGUUAGCAACAGAAGCUCUGAAGAUAAUCAGCUUACAAAUGGAGAGAGCGACAUGUCUCCUGUUGCUAACGAAAGGACAUUUAUUCCUCUGCGUAGCAGCGACAACCAGUCAACCCCAAGAAAAACUGAGCAUCUCAGACAGAAACAAAGUGAAUUGUUUUCUCAGGAGAGGCCCCCCUGGGAAUCCCUAGAGUUUGGCUCUGCUGAUAUUUUUCCUUGUGACAGUCCUGGCACUAACCAUAGUCCCUCAUCAGAGAUCUCUUCUCGAACUGUGGACAUUUAUGAGGAACCUGGGUGGAGCAUGAUGCAUCAGUCACCAGAUGAAAGGGCAAUGAAGAGCUUAACAAGCACAGACUUGACAUGUGAGACAUCAGGCCGAACCCGCCGAAAGGCAGCCACUGUGUCCUACAAGGAGCCUACUCUCAACUGUAAAAUGAGGCGUGGGGACAAGUUCUCUGAUACCAGAUUUUUAAGUUCUCCAGUGUUCAAGGACAAAAGGAAGAAACGGAUUAAGACAAGUGUAAAGCCCGCUCCUUAGCUGCUGAUGUUACAAUGCUUAUUUAUACUUUCCAAUAAAAUUAUAUUUUGCUUUUAUUUUAAAUUCGCUUGAUUGAUUGGUCACCUUCACCACCUUUUCAAGUGAACAAUGAAAGAAAAUCCCAUCUCUGUGUUGGUUGCUAUGUUAUUGAAGUGACCAUUGAGUUCAGGCUCUGAAUGAAUAAUUCAGAAUAGGCAGUUUACCUGAUAUGUCUCCUGUUGCUGGGGAGUAGGAGUGUCUCAUCUGUACUCUACACCGUUCACAGCAAGUGUUCACUGUCUGAAUGCCUUUUUAUGGGUUUUUUUUUUGUAUGUGCUAAUUUACUUCAGAAGCCUUUGGUGAGUUUAAAUAUUUGUCUUUUUUCCCUCUUGACUAUAUAUUUUUAUUUUGCCUUUGCUGCCAAUCUGCCUAGGUUGUUAUAUUAAGAAGGAACUGUGACUAUUGGUUUAUUGGUUUUGAAAGAUCUGAAGCAUUGUGCACUUUUAACUGUGUAACUUGGGUAAAGGCAGGUUAGUGAUGGUCUCAGUACUUGUCUUUUAUGACCCAAUGCUUGUCUUGUUAAAAGCUUUUAUUGUUUUUAUUUCCUUGGUGAGACAAAAUAGAUCUUCAUGUUUACCUUGUGUAUAUUGUUGCCCUGGUAGCAGAUUAACCAAGCAAACAAAGGUAGACAAAUGUAGAAUUUUGUUUUAAUGUACUGUGAAGUAUUUUUUUAUGUGAUUUCAGAUAUUGUUAUAUCCUGUAUGUUUGGAAAUAAAAGCCACUCAGGACUCUGA